AUGCUGCUCCUGGCCACCCUCGACGACACCGACACUGAAAACCUCGAUCAAUGCGACUUUGCUCCAUUUGGGUGCCUCGUCUGGAUAUUCUCCCAAUCUUACUCCCUCUCCCCGGUGGAUAUACUUUCACUCUCUUCGCCCCCCGGGGCAAAAUACGACUCUACUAGUCAAGAUUUCGGUGCGAUAAGAUUGCACUUGCGAAUAGAAGUCAAGAAGCGAAAAAGGGAGACCCGAGGGAAGCGAAAGGGAGUAAGAUUGGGAGAAUAUCCAGACGAGGCACCCAAAUGGAGCAAAGUCGCAUUGAUCGAGGCGAAAAGGAGAAAUGGUAAGCUCAUCAAGCGAUUCCCCGCAGAAACUGCACUCGAAAAACGAGCAGAAAACGAGACUUACAAAGUACAAGAGCGAGAGAUGCGACGGGUUCGGUUGAACUGGACGCGUGACGAGCCCCUGUCGAUGCGCAAAGCCUGCGAUAGCUCGUCGAUGUUGCUAGCAGUAGAGCAAUCUCCAUUCUCGGCUCCCGUCGCGCCUAGCCUCUUGGUGCGAUUCUACUCCGUCCUGGACUACUAUGAACGCUUGUGCCUUGUCAGAACCUGUCUGCCGCCACAUUUCUGGCACCCAUCACCCCCUCUCCUGGCAUAUAGCCAAUUUAGCCAGGGACGCCAUCAUACAUCACCACAGGCUCUCUCUCGCACUCACUCGACAAAAGCUUCUUUCCAUUCUAUCCUGCGACACACCUCUCCCGAACAAAGUCAAAUUCCAUUCAACCGCAUCCCGAAAGCGCCCAAAGUCAGGGAUAAUUUUCGACACACCGGAGAUGGCCAGUGUCCGUUCAGGCGACUACCUCAAGCCGAUACUCGCGUUGUCAAACGCCCGUCCCAUCAAAAAAGGCUCGCUCACUCGUCUUCGCUCGCCCCCCCAUUUAUCACUCACUCCCACGUGUCACUCAGUCCCUUCGAAGCAUACGCCGUUGCUAAGUAUCGAUUCCGUUUCCACGUGGGAAUUCGAAUCCCAAACUACACCCAGCACAUGGGCAUCUCGGGCCUAAAUCUCGAUCCUUAUUCCUCCUCGGUUCAGCCGGCUGCUGUUCCCGACUUCCAACCCCCACUUUCGACAGCUUCCCGGCCAACAUGCACGGUUCAACGGCAAAUCAGUUUUUCAUUGUUACAAGGUAGGUCGUACGAUACUCAUGAACGAGAAGUACAACGUGGUAAGGCAGAAAAUCCAAAAGCAAACCAAGCCUACGGACUGCUCGUUACUUUUGCCUUGUAG